AUGCGAUUCUUUUUGACACCAGAGCCCUUCAGUGCUGAUGUCUGGGUGAUGAUGUUUGUGAUGUUGCUGAUGGUGUCGGCCGUGGCUGUGUUUGUGUUUGAGUAUUUCAGCCCGGUGGGUUACAACCGCUGCCUGGCAGAUGGGCGAGAGCCCGGCGGUCCCUCCUUCACCAUCGGCAAGGCCGUCUGGCUGCUUUGGGGUCUGGUUUUCAACAACUCUGUCCCCGUGCAGAAUCCCAAAGGUACCACCAGUAAGAUCAUGGUAUCAGUGUGGGCCUUCUUCGCUGUCAUCUUCCUGGCCUCUUACACUGCCAACCUGGCUGCCUUCAUGAUCCAGGAGGAGUAUGUGGACCAGGUGUCGGGCCUGUCAGAUAAAAAG